UCUUCAAUCAGGAAUUUCGAAACCCUAGGCGUCCUAGUCGAUUUCGAGAUCAGACCAAGCCUGCUUAUCUCUCGGGUUUUUAGAAGAAGAUUCGUCUUGAACGAUGAAGAAGGCUACGCACAAGCAGGCUAAGGCUUUAACAUUGGUCUUUUGGGACAUCAUUAAGUGUCCGGUUCCAGAUGGUUGUGACCCUCGUGUGAUCCGUCCGAGUAUUAAACGGCUUUUGGAGAAGAAGGGCUACUGUGGUCCUCUCACCAUCACUGCCAUUGGCAAACUAGCGGACGUCCCUACUGACACCCUGAAAGCACUCUAUUCCAGUGGAAUCCAUCUUACCAUCGCCCCCUUUGGUAUCUCUGACAUUACACGUUUAAUUGAGAUCGAUGAGACAGCUAAUUUUAUGGUCAUAUCCUAUCCGAAAGCCUGCCCUGGUUUAUUUAAGACUCUACAAGCGUUUGGCUACAACCCUCUCAGGCCGUUUCCAUAUCAUUCUCUUGACAGCUUAAUUAAGGAAGAUUCAGGGAUACUUGAGGAGGAAACGGGUGAAUCUGCCUCAUGGUAUUGCCUUGUAUGCCAUUGUGAUCCUCCUGCCCGCGAGUUUAAUAAUUUCAUCACACAUCUAUCUAAUGUAGACCAUAAACUUCAGCUUAGUACGACUAGGAAUACUGUGCGUCCUCCCCCGAUUGAUCACUCCAGGGUGCAUGUGUCUGCCUAUCUGAUUGAGCGCAAACUGAUGAGGCUCAAACAGGGGCCCACAGACUUGAAGACUGCAAAGUCAGACGGUGAGACGUUGGUCUAUUGGGACAUCAAGUUGUGUCCGGUUCCCCACGAUUGUGAUGCUAAUCUUGUCGGUCCGCGCAUCAAACGCUUCUUGAGGAAAGAAGGCUUCUCUGGUUCUCUCACCAUUGUUGCCAUUGGCGUACUAGCAGACGUCCCUACUUACAUCCUGAGAGCACUCUAUUCCAGUGGCAUCACAUUUCAUAUCGUCCCGUACGGUUCUGCAGACAUCCCGAGCCUCAUUUUUGAGUGUUGCCAUAGGAAUGGACCUCUACACUCGGUGACACUUGAGAAGGAUGAUUGCGGUGUGAAACGGGUGAAUCUCCCUUUUGGUUUUGCUCAGUAUGCAAUUUCCGAAAUGUUCCUUGCCAAAGCUUUGAUAGUUUCACCAAGCAUCUCUUUGGUACCUACCAUCAACGGAAGUGGUUGGACAAUGUGGCGUAUGAGAAGUGUACAUUGCUUGGAUGCACCACUGCGUGAGCCUCUUGAGGAAAACCGGAAGGCUGUAACAUCGGUCUAUUGGGACAUCAAGAGGUGUCCGGUUCCACUUGGAUGUGAUCCUCAUCGAGUCGGUCCGUGUAUUAAACGGUUUUUGGAGAAUAAAGGUUACUCUGGUCCUCUCACCAUCACUGCCAUGGGCGCACUAGAAGACGUCCCUAAUGACAUCCUGAGAGGAGUCCAUACAAGUGGAAUCGCUCUUGAUUGCAUCCCCUACGGUUAGGAUUUUUUCAUCCUUGUGUCUUUUCUUAGUGUUGGAUGUUGAAGAGAGAGUCUCAAGUCUUUAAGUUUCUGAAACAGGGUUUUCAAAUCUCUCUGGAACGUCAUAUUUAUGAGUUUAUGUGUUGGAAUCUACCUCCAGCUAAUGUAAUGGUGAUAUCCGAUGCAAAACACUCCGCUUCUGAUGCUAUUU